UGGGCCUGCUCGGCCCAAAGCGCAGCCCCAUAAUCCCAGCUUCAACGCUUCAAGCCUUCAACCCACCAUUGCAAGUAGAGGAUCAGAGAUAGAUAUACUGAAAUGGCACUUUCAACAUAUCUGUACUUACGCACUCUAUGAACUGGAAGGGCCUUAUGAAGAAAGCGGGGUGAGUGGUGAGAACAGAGAAGGGUAAAACACUAUCUACAAAUGAUUUGUGUCAUGGCCUCGGCGUGUUGUACUCUCCCAAAUCCUUGUUUGUGUUCGUCCUUGUACACAAAGUCGAGUACCUGUGCUCCGUCUGCUGCUGUAGUUUUGCAACCCAGAACCCCAAAUUUCCGUCUCUGCCCAUUGGUUCCUCAGUUGGGUCUCAGUAAUUUUUCGUCAUGGAGUGGUCUGAGACAUAUGGGUAUCACAAUUAGACAAAAAUCCGUGCGAAUUGAAAAAAAGGGAAGAUAUAAAGGUAAGGGUGUUUAUGCUUCCCUAUUUGGGGUUGGAGCUCCUGAAGCUUUGGUUAUUGGAGUGGUGGCUUUGUUGGUUUUUGGUCCCAAAGGUCUAGCUGAGGUUGCUCGGAAUCUAGGAAAAACUUUGCGUGCAUUUCAACCUACAAUUAGAGAGCUGCAGGAAGUUUCUAGGGAAUUCAAGAGUACCCUUGAACAGGAGAUUGGUCUUAAUGACAUUCGAAGCUCAACAUUGAGCACAUACAACUCCAGCAAUACCAAGACCACUUCAACCCCAUCAGUUUCUGGCACCGAGGAUUCCCAGACAGUGCUUGACCAAAAUGGUGCUGCUUCUCCAAACAGAGCAUACUCCACCGAGGAGUACUUGCAAAUCACAGAAGAACUGAAAGAAUCUGCUGUCAAGCAGACAGGGCAGACACCCCUCAGCGAAAAACAGUUCGAAUCUCAGACUCAGCCUCAAGGUACAGUUAAAGAAGCUACUACUGCAACAAGCUCUCCGCCCCAGAAGCGAAGUGACAGUGACAGUGACGGGACAUAAGUUUGUCAUGAAAGAUACAGAGGGAAGAUGAACUGCUUGUACAUUUUUGCGCCUUAAAAUUUCCUGCUCACGAGGACAAGCAUGACCAGCACGUAUGCUACAAGAUUUUGUAAACUGCUCUUUAAAAUAAAUAAAUAAAUAAUUUUGUACACAAUAACAUGGCAAGUGGGAUGAUAAUUUUGUACCAAAUGAUUUUCAAUAUUGUCUUAUACAUUUGGAAAUAUUUGAUUCUGCUUUU